AACCAGGAAGACCAAGAUCCACUACCACCACCACCACCACCACCACCACCGCAGAGAGUGGUGGUGGUGGUGGUGGUGGUGGUGCUGUGGGAGGCUGUGUGUUGGGGUGCGUGCUGUGACCAUUGAGCCAGUGCUGUUCCUGUAUGUGCUCGCUGCGGUCAUGAUGGGAACUAUUACCACAAAUCUCCUGCUGGAUAAGAUCUGCCGAGAGAUGUCGUUCCCAUUGGAGGUGUGUCUGAACCUCACGUCCUACUCAGUGAUCGAGGCGGAGGUGCAGCAACGUGUGACAGUGACCUUAAUGUACUACAACUUGAUCACCAGCCUUCCCUCUGUCCUCUUUGCUCUCUUCCUUGGCUCGUGGAGUGACAGACAUGGGAGGAAGGUGCCAAUGGUUCUGCCCUUGCUUGGAAAUGUUGUGGCCUCUCUGGUUUAUGUGAUGAACGCAUACCUGGUCACACUGCCAUCAUCAUACAUCCUAUUCGCCGGGCUGCCCAUCGCACUAACCGGGGGGAUGACAACCUUACUGAUGGCCUGCUUCUCUUACGUAUCAGACAUCACCCGACUCCGAUCUCGCACCACCAGAAUUGCAUUGGUCGACCUUGGGUUUAGUCUCGGCAGCCCUAUUGGUAUAUUGUUAAGUAGCGUUGUGUUUUAUUAUGUCGGUUAUCUCGGCAUAUACUCCUGUGGGACGUGUGUAUUUGUCAUCGCGUUGCUGUACGUCCUGGUGUGCGUCAGAGAUACGAGAGGGGCAAGUGUCACCAAUGAGGGAUUUGAGGGAACCACCAGGAGGAUCAGGAUGUGUGUUGAUCUUCUGGAUACGGGGAAUGUACGGAGGUCAUUCGCUACGGCCUUCAAACGCAGACCACAUAAGGGUAGGGCUAAAGUACUGCUCCUCAUUGCCGCCAUGUGCCUGAUGGUGACCGAGUUUGGGGGGUAUGGCAUGGACUACCUCUACACCAAGAGAAUGUUUGGCUGGACCUACAAUCAAUACGUAGAACUCAGUGUUACUAGACUCCUUAUACAGCUGGUUGUGACAUCAAUAGUGCUGCCAGUGCUGAGCUACCAACUACAGGUGCCGGACACAGUGCUGGUGCUAAUGGGCUGUGUCUCCAAGAUAAUGGGCACAAUGGUCAUGGGUGUGGCCUCUGACCCAUGGCUUCUCUAUUUAAGCGCAGUGAUAUCCAGCAUUGGCGUCCUUCCUUUGGUCAUCACUCGCUCCCUGAUCAGCAAGACAGUGCCGGGCGAGGAGCUAGGUCGGAUCUUCUCAGUGUUGGCAUCCUUUGAAUCUGUGAUACCCCUUGGCUCAGGUCCACUCUAUACUGCUGUUUACAAUGGGGCACUGCGGUCCUUCCCUGGAGCUAUCUAUUUCCUCAGUGCUGGCCUGUAUGUUGUGGCUGCCUGUAUAUUUGUGUGGGUGUUUCUGAACCGCCACGCCCCACCGAGCCCCCCUGGAGCCCCCUGCAGUGCCGCCAACCUCACACAUACACGCUGAUGAAAUCCCAAACAUUGACACAUAAAAACAGGCAACUCUUGAUUUACGCAUGUUUGAUUUACGCGUGUUUGAUUUACGCGUUUUCGUUAAUACACGACCGAAAAGAUAUUAUAAUUAGUUAAAUUUGCGUGAUGGGUUUGGUUCUACACGAUUUGGACCACAUCCCGCAUCCCCCUAGUAUUUAAAACCCGUUCAUCGAAAGAAUACAGGCUGAAAUUGCUAGUUCGGUUGGUAGCCCUGCCCCCACCCCCCCCUCAAUGAACCUUUCCGACACUUAAAUUUUCUCCAAGUACAUUUAUCUUUCUUUAAGCUAUAAACUUGUAUAUCUAUUGAGUUAAGUGAAGGAAAAUAAAUGUACUUCAAGAAUAUUUAAGUGUUGGGAGGGUUUAGUGGCGGCGGGGGGGGGGGUGAUCAGGGCUGCCAACCGAACUAGCAGUUUUGGCCUGGAUUCUAUGGAUGAACGGACUGUAGUGUUGCUUAGGGGAAUUACAAGUUUGUUUGACGCCAAUUUUGAAAUACGCGAUGCCUCUUCGAACGCAUCUGUCGUGGAAAUUGAGUGUUACUUGUACUGGUGUUUGUCUGUU